AUGUCUCAAACCUUAUCAUCGCCCUCAUCCAUUCCAGAGUCGGGCUCAACGAAUCAAGACCCUGAAGCCUAUUCCUAUCUUUUGAAUAUGAGAUUUGAGUACAAUAUUUCAACACAUCAUUAUCCAUUUCAACGUCAAGGAAAACCAACACCACUAACAAACAACAAUUACAACAACACCGCCACUUCACCUACUAAUCCAAUAUUAUAUGCUCCUGCAUUGAGGGGAGAUCUUUCAAGAGGUUUUGUGAGAUAUAUCGGAACUCUUCAAGAUCAACCCAAGACUCAACUUUUUGUGGGAGUUGAAUGGGAUUAUGAGGUGAGAGGAAAACACGACGGAGAACUCAAUGGUGUGAGAUAUUUCAAAACUAGUGAUGGGCGAAAGAGUGCAAGUUUUAUCAAACUCGAAACCUUUUUAAGAUAUUCCACAUUGGGUGUCGAUUUCUUGGAUGCUGUUCAUGCCAAAUAUAAGAAUAAGGAUUUCAGAGAGGAAGAAAUGUAUAUCUAUUCAGCAACAAAAAAGACUCAAAUUUCAGUAGAGCUUGUGGGUCGUAAAGAUUUGGAGGAAAAAUUGGAAAAACUCGAAAAUUUAACAGAGCUCGGUUUGCAAGAAUCAAAAGUUUCAAAAAUUCAGGAAGGAUUGGGCUCUCUUUUUGGCAAUGUAAAGUCCAUAGAUUUAACAGCAAAUUUAAUUACAUCAUGGUCUCAAGUUGAAAUCAUCUUGAAAGAAUUUCCAAAAUUGCAAAAUUUAAUCCUUUCAUCCAAUCGGUUCUCAUCAUUGGAAAUUCAAAACACUCAACCCUAUGUGAGCGUGAAAAUUCUUGUCAUGAAUGAUGUUGCCAUGAAUUGGGGAAUAUUUGCAGAGAAGAUAUUGCCUCUCUUUCCCCAAGUGGAGGAGGUUCAUUUUCGAGAUAAUAAUGUCACCGAUCAAGAUUUGGAAAGGGUUGUAUUCCCUUCACUCCCAUCACUUAAAUCAAUGAAUAUUUCUGGAAACAAACUUUCUUCCUGGAAUGUGGUUUGGAAAGCAUUUGGAUCCAUCCCACAAUUAAGUAGACUUUUGCUCAACUACAACUCUCUCAAGAGAAUCCAAUGUUUGAAUAGAGAGGAAUUCCCUUCAUUGAAGAGCCUCUCCGUCACAAACAAUAAUAUUGAAGAAUGGGAUUCUAUCAAUGAGCUCAACAAAUUUUCAUGUCUCGAGGAAUUGCGAUUGGACAAUAAUGCUAUUCAGGAAAAAUACGGAGUGACCAACACCCGACAAGGAGUUAUUGCAAGAAUCAAAUCUCUUCAAACUUUCAAUGGAAGCGAAAUUAAAAAGAAAGAACGAGAAGAUGCUGAAAAGUAUUAUCUUAAACAAUGCGGAAGAGACAAAAUGGCGCUAAUGAGCAGUGAAAGUAGUUCCAACAGUAAUUACAUGAAUUUUCUUGAAAUGCAUCCACGAUACGAGGAGCUUGUGUCCAUGUAUGGAGAUCCAUGUGAAAACGAGUCAUCAAGCUCGGCUACCACAAGAGUCAGCAAUGAAUUUGUUUCUUUGUACAUUAAGAACGUGGCUGCUUCAGUUGCUUCACAUGGUCACAUUGUUGAGAAGAAAAUUCCUUACGGUUUGACCAUCAAAAAACUCAAGCUCAUGUGCCAACGUUUAUUCAAACUUGAUACAUCUAAACAGCACCUCUUCUACGUCGAUGUUGGUCACUCAUUACCAGAACCUUUGAGUGACGAUUUCAAAGAUAUUGACUUUUAUGCUGUAAAAGAUGGAGGAACAAUAUUGAUGGAAGAAAUUGAUGAAGUGCAGGAGCAACGAAAAUUGGAGCUUGCAAAGAAAGAGAAGGAGCGUAGCUUGAAAGAACAGGAAGAGCAAGUGGCAAGAGAAAUGCGGUGGAAACAUUUGUAA